AGACUUGGCACACCACUUCUGAAAGGUUGCCAACCCCUGAUCUAAAGUAUGAUGAGUAACAUCUGUAAAAAAAUGACUUAUGAUCAUAUUGACAACGCACAAUACUUUUGUCUGAUUCUUGGGUGCCAAAUUUCAAGUUUGCACAUAACUGCAUAAUUUCCUACUGCUCUCCAUCCCAGUGAGGGAUACCUGCAACUUUUGGAGAACUGAGAUUUCACUACACUUUAUAAAAUACUAGUAAACGUUCUUUAGCACAUUUUAUGGAAGUAGCGAAAAUUAAAUUUGAGGGCCUCACUGCAAUGCUCUGAUCUUGAAUCUUCCCUAUGAAGGAGUGGGGAGAAACUGUUGUGAUUUAGGCUGUAUCUACACUGCCGCUUUCAGCGCUAAAACUUUUGUCAUUCAGGUAAAGCUACACCGCUCAUUCGGGGUGAGUUUUUUUUUUAUUGCUGGGAGAGAUCUCCCCUGACGAUGAAGCGUGUCUACACUGCCCACAUCACAGUGCAGCUGCGGCCGCGCAAGUGGGUAGCGUUGACAUACUCUGUGGGAAAUGGGUGUGCAGAUUAGGGAGCUCCUGCUGUAUUUAACUAUCUCAAUGGCUAGUUUAACUACCAGAUAAGUAGGCAGUGUGUUGCUUUACAGAGAAUGAUAGAGCUUGCCUGGAGUCUCUUGACUUUGAAAGGUUACAAUCAUGGCUAAAACAAGAGACAGAGCAGAGAUAUCUUAAAAGAUUGGCAGAGGAAGCUGAAGAUAAUGAUAUUAUUCCAACUCCUCACUGAUAAACACAGUUACUCCCUGUAGGGAGCAGGGGUUCGUGCAGAUGUAAGGGAACAUGACUGUCCAGUUUGCUGGAACAUGGCACUACCUGCAAAAAAGUAAAGACCAAAACUGCCUUGAUGCAAGGAAUAAAGGACUUGACUAGAAAAGUUGAUGGCAAUACAGGAUGAGGUCUGCCAAACCUCAUGAGUUGGCUAAGGAAAUCGGUGUCCUGUUCUUUGCCAAGUUAUUUGAGCAUCAGCCUGUGUCACAGCUGCUAUCAUCACUAAGGAAAAAUGUUUGAUCAGCUGAAUGGCAGUGUUCACAGAGGUGCUAUGCUGCUGCCGGAAAUUCAAUAAGAAGCGCUCAGAAGUGCCUGUGCUUCACAGGUCUCCCAGUACAACUCCACAAGUAGAAUAUUCAGGCUCGUUUAUUAUCUUGCAGAACCUGGUAGGCUUGUUUCAGAUCUCCCCAGGACGGCCAGCUUGCAGCAGUGGAUGGCUUGGACGUUGGAUGAAUGAACUGUUUGGUCCUUAUUGGAGCCAAAAUUGGUGAGUGGAUGGCUCAAAUGACAUAUGAAAAAUGGAACUGGAUUGGAACCAAUAUCAAUCUGAAAGUGAAAGGCUCUGUAAUUCAUUUCCCUCAAACGCCCACAAGCCAGCCAGCCUUCCUAAACUGGGGCCAGAUUGGAACUGGUGUUGUAAUAACCCUGUAUUCCAUGCCAUAGAAUCUGUUUUUGGAAGUUUAUGACCAACAGCUUGGAGAGUAAAUAGUUUGGAGGUUCGGGGAGUACAAGUUGCCAAAGAAAACUUGAGUCAGCUUCCAUUCCCUUUCACAUUGUAGGGUUUUUCAAUAGCCCGUCAGUUGCUUCUGUAAGUUCUAUGAACAGAUAUUUCCAGUUUCUGACUCUCCUUGUGUCCAGUGCUCUGUGAAUAAUUAACUUGUUUUUUUGCAAGUCAUAAAAAAUGUGUCCCAGAGAUCAUCAUCCAAUGCUGAAAUGCAGCCAUCUCUGGGCUGAGGCAUGGUAGCUGUUAACCACACAGCAAAGCUGCACAAAGAUCACUCACCCAGCAAAAGUGCAACUGCUCCUAGGGUGGGGCAUGGCAUGAUGUGCAACAGUUUAGUGCAAGAAGAAAACCCAAUCCAGUUGAAAUCUAAGGAGACAGAAGGGAGUUAGCUAGUUUGGGUUAGACACAUUAGCAAACUCCAUCAUCCUAAUAUUCUGACCUCCAGACUGGAAUGUGUUUGGUUCAAAAGAUGCCAUGGCAUUUCCCCCAAGAGUAUGAGCAUUAAAAUCCUAGGUCAAGACUUUGAAAAUUGAGCAGUGAGGUGCCCAACUUGAGGAACCUUAAAGGGGCCUGGUUUUCAGAAAGUGCUGAGCCACCUGCUUAUGAUGUGAUUCUUUGAUCUACACAUUCCAAUCUGGGGGCUAGUCUCAAUUUAUUUCUGGAUGUUUUCUGGAAGGCUGGUCUUGCUGUUAAGGCAUUAAGUUAGGAUUUAGGGACUUGAGCAACCCACUUUCCCACCUCAUCAUGAUCAUACGGCAACCCCCAUGAUGGAAUGGUUAAGAUAAUCAAGAGAACCCUCCACGGAGAGUAAAGUGGACAUAGCUUCUGCUGUUAUUGGCUGAAGGCCUUCAACUGUAUUGUGACAUGUCUGUUGUGAGGUCAUCAAGGUGUAUGCAGGGGCUUCAGACUGCAUUGAUCAAGAGAGGCAGCAGGAGGAACAGCUGCCACUUCCAGCACAGCUGAGUGAGAGGGGACCCGGGGAAUGGGGUACCACCAGCCCUGUUGAGGAGAACCUGAUGCGCUGAUGAGGUUACUUGCCCUGUUGAGGGAAACCUGAAUCAAAGAAGGGCUGACCAUCAGCUCUGCUGAGGGGAAUUUUAUGAGAGGUUACCAGCCUAUGAAGAGAAUCCCUCUCAGGCAGAGUGUAACAUCAUGGAGAAGAAUUCACCGAAGCCUGCUCUGAAACACCCAGCAAUUGGUAUUGACUUGGGCACCACUAAAUCCUGCGUGGGCCUCUUCCGAGAUGGCAAGGUGGAAAUAAUUGUCAGCAACCAGGGCAUCCGUACCACACCCAGCUGCGUGGCCUUCACUGAGACAGGGAGGUUGAUAGGGGAUGAGGCAAAGAACCAGGCAGCCCUUAACUCUCCUAACAUCAUAUUCAGUGCCAAGCGCUUGAUUGGCCGAACAUCUGAAGACCCUGUUGUGCAGGCAGAUGCGGAGUUCUGGCCCUUCCAGAUAGUGAAAGCUGAAGGAAAGCCCCAGGUGCAGGUGUCCUACAAGGGAAAGGAGAAGGUUUUCUACCCAGAGGAGAUUUCUGCCAUGGUGCUGGGUAAAUUGAAGGAGAUGGCUGAGGACUACCUGGGCCACCCCCUCACCCAUGCCAUUAUUACUGUGCCAGCCCACUUCAAUGACUCUCAGCGCCAGGCCACAAAAGACGCUGGUACGAUCGCUGGCCUCAAUGUGCUGAGGAUCCUCAGUGAGACUACAGCUGCUGCCCUGGCCUACAGCCUAGACAAUCCUAGCAAUGGAGGACACAACGUGCUUAUCUUUGACCUGGGUGGAGGAACCUUCAGUGUCUCCGUCCUCACCAUUGAUGGGGGUAUCCUCGAGGUGAAGGCUACCUCUGGGGACACCCAUCUGGGAGGGGAUGAUUUUGACAACUGCCUGGUGAGCUUCUUCAUAGACGAAUUCCUAAAGAAACAUCAGGAGAACAUCAGCAAGGACAGGAGGGCUGUGUGGAGGCUCAGGAGGGCUUGCGAGGCAGCCAAAUGCACACUGUCCUCCAACAUCAAAGCCAGUAUCGACUUGUACUGCCUGUACAAAGGGAUCGAUUUCCAUGCAGACAUCACCCGGGCCCAGUUCGAGGAGCUGUGUGCUGACCUCUUCCGAGGGACCCUGAAGCCCGUGGAGAGGGCGCUGCAGGAUGCAAAGCUGAGCCAGGCCCAGAUCCAUGAUGUUGUCCUGGUGGGCGCCUCCACCCGCAUCCCCAAGAUCCAGGAACUGCUGCAGGAUUUCUUUGGUGGCCGGCAGCUAAACAAAAGCCUCAACCUGGAUGAAGCUGUUGCCUAUGGGGCAGCAGUUCAAGCUGCCAUCCUGAUCGGAGAGAGGUCAGAGGUCACUAGGGGCUUGCUUGCCCUGGAUGUGGUGUCCAUGUCUCUGGGGAUUGAGACGGACGCAGGGAAAAUGCACACUCUGAUCAGACGCAACACUGCCAUGCCCGCGGUGGUAACUCGGACCUUCACCACCUUUGAUGACCAUCAGCCUGACCUGCUCAUCCGUGCCUAUGAGGGGGAGAGAGCUACUGCCAAGGAGAACCACCUGCUUGGCCGUUUCCUUUUGAAGGGCAUUUCUCCCGCCCCCCGUGGCAUGGUCUUGGUGGAGGCGACCUUCUAUAUUAACGCAGAUGGCAUCCUAACUGUGUUUGCCCUGGACAAAGUUGCCGGCAAUGCCAAUCCCAUCACUGUGGAUGCCAACAAGGGGCGACUGAGCAGAGAGGAGAUACAGAGGUUAGCGGCAGAGGCUGAGAAAUACCGAGCUGAGGAUAGGGCACAGAAAUGGAAAUUGGCCACUAAGAACUACCUUCAGUCCUGCGCUUUCAGUAUGAAGCGGACCUCUGAAGAUAUCCUUAACUACUUCACCUUGCAGGCCAAGAAGAAGGUGAUGGAGAAAUGUCAGCUGGCCUUCUCUUGGCAGUCCAACUGGAUGGCUGAAGAGGAGGAGAUCAGGCCCUAUGAAAAUGGUCUCGGGGAACUCCCUCCCAGGACUUAAACGCCUCAGUAACAGCACCGCGGGCAUCAACAGAACAAAACCAAACAAGUUUGUGGUCACCACUUGCAGCUUGACUUUCCAGUUUACCCAAACUACCAC